AUGAUCGACGAGCAAAAGCUGCACUGCCAUACACGCGGAUGUGAGAACGUCAUUCGCAUUGCAAGACAAUCGGACAGACGUGAAAGUUACCAGCAGGAAUCACGGGGGGCUAAUGCAAUUCCAAUUCGCCCAGUGAAUUCCCGCGGCUCUUUCACAGCACGCGUUAAGCGCGAAGCUGCAGAUGGAGAAAGAAUCUCUAUAUUGCCUGCUAUGGAGAUGACAAAAAGCAGUCAGCAGAUACAAUUUACACCGGAACUCGGUUAUUUCUACGGAACUCCCGAAUCACUAGAUACGCAGUCAAUGUCAGAUUUGGGGCAGUUUUCUCAAGUGCAACAAGUAUACGCCAAUGCAUUUACGCCCGGAUAUUGGCCAUUCCAAUCAAACGGUCAGAUAGCAUGCUUCCAAAACCAAGAAAAUGCAUAUCCUCUCUUUUAUUGCACCUUUAUGCCUGUGCAGCAGUCACCAAUGACUUACCAAUUUCCAGCAAAUCCUGAUUUCAAACACAGACGGGAGUGUCCGUUAAAUCAUUACAUUUGCAGCGACGGUUCAAAAUGCAUUCCCAAAUUUAAAUGGUGUGACAAUAAAAUUGAUUGCCCGGACUCGAGUGACGAGAGGACGUGCUCGUGUCGAGAACGACUAGAUAGCAAACGCUACUGUGAUAAUUAUCUGGACUGUCCAAAUGGCGAGGACGAGCUUGGAUGCUUUGGUUGUCCGAAGACGUCGUUCAGCUGCCAUGAUAGCAUCGGCGGUAAACCUAGUAAUUGUUUCACGCUCGAAGACUAUUGCGACGGAAACAAUACCUGCGUCAACUUAAAGGACGAAGAAGAUUGCAGCGUUUUAACUCGAUCUUACGCUGCAACUAGCUUAGGGCUCUUUCCAGCUGGUUCACUUUACGGAUUUUUGCAGAGAAAUUGGAAAGGUAGAUGGUAUCACGUCUGCAGCAAAGCUAAUCAUUGGGCUAGCGAGGCUUGUCUCGCUAAGCUUGGAUUUCUAAGCCGCCAACCCGAGCAAGAAAUGGUAGACGCAUCAAAUCACCAAGAUUUCGGUCCUUUUUUGCUACAAGAUGGCCGGAUAAUUCAGGAAUGUCCUAAAGAAAUAUUAUUCGUGCGCUGUCCAGAUGCCGGUCGUGUGAAUAAUUCCAGAAGCAGGGACGAUCAAACGACAACAAGCGACGACCGUUCGCUGCAGGCGUUAAACUCAAGUAACUCGGAUAAUCCGCUCGUGAGCAUCGUAGGUGGUCGACCAUCGAGAGCAGGCGCUUGGCCGUUCAUUGUGGCAAUCAAUAAAAACGGCUGGUUCCAUUGUGGCGGCGCCGUCGUCAACCCAUAUUGGAUACUCAGCGCUGCCCACUGCUUCUCUGGUGCCCAGCACAGCUACUUUGAGAUUGAAGCAGGUUCGCUACGCCGUCAUUCUUUUUCACCAGCACGUCAAAUUCGUCGUGUGACCCAAGUAAUUAUACAUCAGCAUUUCAACUCGCAACUUUUAAUUUACGACGUCGCUCUUGUAAGACUGAAUGAACCACUGGAUUUUAAUGAAUGGGUUAGUUCCGUGAAUUUGCCCGCAUCCGUCAGUUUCAGUGGCUGGAAUAUGGAACCAAGCCCUGGUGCCAGUUGCGUUGCUCUGGGAUGGGGUGCUCUCGUGGAAGGCGGACCCGACCCUGAUCAUUUGCAAGAAGUUGAAGUGCCAAUAGUCCCGUGCAAACAUUUUCCAGACAGAAAUGCUGCGGAAAUCUGCGCAGGCUAUAAACUGGGAGGUCGUGAUGCAUGUCAAGGAGACAGCGGGGGACCUCUGAUGUGCAGAGAUUCUAAUUUGGAGUGGUAUAUUGGUGGUGUAGUCAGCCAUGGCAUUGGUUGCGCCAGAGUAAACGAACCAGGAGCUUAUACAAAAGUUUCUUAUUUCGUCGACUGGAUCAACGACAUUAUAAAUGAUCGUACAAAACUAUCUACUGCUUUUCAUCCGUCCGACAAAUGUCCGGGAUUCGUCUGCCAUCCGCCAUUCAAUAGAUGCAUCCCAGGAAAAAAGCAAUGCGACGGAAUUGUCGACUGCCUCGAGGCUGAAGAUGAAAGAAACUGUCCUCGGUCUAUGACCCAAAGUGCAACUCACUUCCUCAAAGGACUUUUUACGCACCACAAACGAGAAGUCGAGCAAGAGAGGUCGGAAGUUUGA